CUACUCUCGUGCUUCGUCACUGACACACACACACUCUCUUCUCUCUCUAUCGGGUUGUUAAACUGUAACCGCCACACCAAUGCGUCCUCAGCAAUCAGAUGAGCAGCAGCAGCAGCAGCAGCAAGAGGAGGAGGAGAUGGAGGAAGACGAGGAGAUGGUGGUUCCCCGCUCCGAUAUCCCCCAUGGCCCUUUGCCCAUGGAAGCCCAAGCAGAAAACAUGAGUUCUUUUGAUGCGCCUGCGCCGAUAGUCGAUGAUCCGCAAUCUGGGCGGUUCACAUGGACAGUUGAGAAUUUUUCAAGUCUUACGAAGAAACUAUAUUCUGACGAUUUCAAUGUUGGGGAGUACAAAUGGCGGAUACUUAUCUUUCCAAAGGGGAACAAUGUUGAUCAUUUGUCAAUGUAUCUAGAUGUUGCAGAUUCAAUGACUUUGCCUUAUGGAUGGAGUAGAUAUGCCCUGUUUAGCUUGACUGUUGUUAAUCAAGUUGACCAUAAAUACUCAAUCAGAAAAGAAACACAGCACCAUUUCAAUGCUCGUGAGAGUGAUUGGGGUUUCUCUAAUUUCAUGCCUAUUGCUGAAUUGUCUGAUCCUAGUAGAGGUUAUCUUGUGAAUGGUACAUGCAUAAUUGAGGCUGAGGUUGCUGUACGUAAGGUUAAUGAUUACUGGUCACAUAAUUCAAAAAAAGAAACUGGUUAUGUGGGACUGAAAAACCAGGGAGCUACUUGUUACAUGAAUUCUCUCCUUCAGACAUUGUAUCACAUUCCUUAUUUUAGAAAGGCUGUGUAUCAUAUGCCUACGACUGAGAAUGAUAUGCCAUCCGGGAGCAUUCCUUUGGCAUUACAGAGUUUAUUCUAUAAGUUGCAGUAUAGUGAGAGUAGUGUAGCAACGAAAGAGUUAACCAAGUCUUUUGGAUGGGAUUCAUAUGAAUCAUUCAUGCAGCAUGAUGUCCAAGAGCUUAAUAGAGUUCUUUGUGAAAAGCUAGAAGACAAAAUGAAGGGAACUGUUGUGGAAGGCACCAUACAGCAGUUGUUUGAAGGCCACCAUAUGAACUAUAUUGAAUGCAUCAGUGUUGACUAUAAAUCAACAAGAAAAGAAUCAUUUUAUGAUCUUCAGCUUGAUGUCAAGGGAUGUCGGGAUGUGUAUGAUUCUUUUGACAAGUAUGUUGAAGUGGAACAACUUGAGGGUGAUAACAGGUAUCAUGCUGAGCAGUAUGGUUUACAGGAGGCUAGGAAGGGCGUCUUGUUCAUUGAUUUUCCACCUGUUCUUCAGCUUCAGUUGAAACGGUUUGAAUAUGAUUUUAUGCGAGACAUCAUGGUAAAGAUCAAUGACCGCUAUGAGUUCCCCUUGCAACUAGAUCUUGAUAGGGACAAUGGCAAGUAUCUAUCUCCUGAAGCAGACAGAAGUAUUCGCAACCUUUAUUCACUUCACAGUGUCUUAGUUCACAGUGGUGGGGUUCAUGGCGGACACUACUAUGCUUAUAUUAGGCCCACUCUAUCAAAUCAGUGGUUUAAAUUUGAUGAUGAGCGGGUAACAAAAGAAGAUGCACAGAGGGCCUUAGAAGAACAGUAUGGUGGUGAGGAAGAGUUACCUCAUACCAACCCCGGACUCAACAACUCUCCCUUUAAAUUUACAAAGUACUCAAAUGCAUAUAUGCUUGUCUAUAUACGUGAUAGCGAUAAGGAUAAGAUAAUUUGUGAUGUGGAUAAGAAGGACAUUGCCGAACACCUUAGUGCAAGAUUAAAAAAAGAAGAAGAAGAAAAGGAGCUGAAGAGGAAGGAGAAGGCAGAGGCUCACUUGUACACCGUCAUAAAGGUUGCACGCGAUGAAGAUCUUUUUGAACAGAUUGGAAAGGAUAUAUUCUUUGAUCUAGUGGAUCAUGAUAAAGUGCGAAGUUUUCGUAUUCAAAAACAAAUGCCCUUUAUCCUUUUCAAGGAAGAAGUUGCUAGAGAGUUUGGUAUACCUGUCCUUCACCAACGUUUUUGGUUGUGGGCGAAGCGUCAAAAUCACACAUAUCGGCCAAAUAGACCACUGACUGCUCAGGAAGAAACACAAACCGUUGGACAGAUAAGAGAAGUUUCCAGUAAGGCAAAUAAUGUAGAGCUGAAGUUAUUUUUGGAAUCGAAAGGACAGGAUUUCUGGCCAAUUCCUCGUCUGGAAAAGACAAAAGAAGAUCUAAUGCUAUUCUUUAAACUCUAUGACCCUUCUCAUGAGAAGCUGCGGUAUAUUGGUAGGUUUUAUGUCCCAGCUAGUGGGAAGCCCAUGGACAUCUUGACUGGACUAAAUCAAAUGGCAGGAUUUGCUAUUGAUGAAGAAAUUGACCUCUUUGAGGAAAUAAAAUUUGAACCUCAUGUCAUGUGUGAAACUGUUGACAUGAAUUCCACAUUCCGUGCCAAUCAGCUUGAGGAUGGUGAUAUUAUUUGCUACCAAAAGCCCCUCAAGGUUGGUAGUGGCGAGCAAUUUCGCUAUCCAGAUCUUCCUUCCUUCUUGGAAUAUGUGCAAAACCGUCAGGUUGUACGCUUUCGGUUUUUGGAGAAACCAAAAGAAGAUGAUUUCAGUCUAGAGUUGUCAAAGCUUCACACAUAUGAUGAUGUUGUUAUAAGAGUUGCUCAACAUCUUGGUUUGAAUGAUCCUUCUAAAAUCAGACUCACAUCUCAUAACUGCUACUCCCAGCAACCUAAACCACAGCCUAUCAAGUACAGAGGAGUAGAGAAUUUGUCUGACAUGCUGGUUCACUACAGUCAGAUUUCUGAUAUUCUUUACUAUGAAGUAUUGGAUAUCCCUCUGCCAGAAUUGCAGUGCCUAAAAACUCUUAAAAUUGCCUUCCAUCAUCCUACCAAGGUUGAAGUGGUGAUAUAUACUCUUAGAUUACCAAAACAGAGUACCGUGGAAGAUGUAAUUAAGGAUCUUAAAUCUAAGGUGGAUUUAUCUCAUCCUGAUGCUCAACUAAGAUUGUUCGAAGUUUUUAAUCACAAGAUCUAUAAGAUUUUCCCUCUCAGUGAAAAGAUUGAGAGUAUUAAUGAUCAGUAUUGGACCUUAAGAGCAGAGGAGAUUCCUGAAGAAGAGAGAAAUCUUGGCCUGCAUGAUCGAUUGAUCCACGUUUAUCAUUUUAUAAAUGACCCUGCACCAAAUCAGCCAGUUCAGAAUUUUGGAGAUCCUUUUUUCAUGGUUAUCCACGAGGGUGAGACAUUAGCUGAUGUCAAAUUGCGGAUACAGAAAAAGUUGCAAGUUCCAAAUGAGGAUUUUUCAAAGUGGAAGUUUGCAUAUCUGUCUCUUGGUCGUCCUGAUUACCUACAGGAUUCGGAUAUUGUUUCUACUCGGUUUCAGAGAAGGGAUAUCUAUGGCUCUUGGGAGCAAUAUCUUGGACUGGAACAUACUGACAAUGCUCCAAAAAGGUCCUAUGCAGUCAACCAGAAUCGUUACACACUUGUGAAGCCAGUAAAAAUCUACAACUAGAAAAUAUUGUACCUUUAAAAAUGACCUUAACCGUCAAACAUUUGAGAAGCCAGUAAAAAUCUACAACUAGAAAAGAUCUGUAUCAUUUCAAUCAGUCAAUAUAAUAAUUCCGUAUGCCAGAGGCACUUGCAGCUUUCUGAAGGUGCCAAAAGAAAUGUAGAGAUGCUGUCAAUCUUCUUAUUUGAAGUUGUCUGUUCAAGUUCAUAACUUUCAGCUUUGGGGAUAGAUUUAUAGCCUUGAACUGUGUUAGUGGUGGUUAGAACUCUUUGUCUGAAGCAGUUGUCUCUUCGGUGGUUAGAAGGUUGAGUUUUAAUUCCUUUGUAAAUUUAGUACAUAACAGGGUUUGGUUUUUCACAAAAGUUACAUUUGAUUCCUUUCAUUCUGGGAUCUUCGUUUGCUUCCCUUGUGUAUAUGUUUUUGCAGGGUCUUCAAUGUAAUCAUUUCA